UUUCUUCAACAGUGCGAAACUGAAGCAGGAAAGCAGAGAAAUUUGUGCAAUGCCUAUCAUAGACAACACACCAGUAUCUCCAUAUCAGGACUAUGUCAGUGGUCUGGUUCCAAAUAAACACGGAUAUCUUGCCGAGUUACUCCAACUGCAGCGCUCAGGACCUCAACCCACCUCCAACGAUGAACCGGUAUUCGUGAACGAGUUCCAGGUCUUGGAUAUUGUGGACGGAAAAUUCGCAUGCCAGGUUUUCAGACCAGAGUUAGUAGGCCCCGUAGAUCAGCAGUUUACUCGGCUCCUAGAAGAACAUCCGGAAGGAUUAAAAUCACGCUUCUUGAUUUUUCGUCAUAAUUCCAUACUACGCCAACAACGAACCGCUCCUCGCCUCGAAAUCAAUGGAAACUAUCUCAAUGCGAUCAGCUCGAGGUUCGAACUUGAUCCUAGCUUCUUGGAGAAACAUUUUGCAUUGUGCGAACUACACCAAAAUAAGACGAUUCCAAGGCUUGUACCUGUUCCUCUACCCAAAGACGGGUCAUGUCUACAAAUUAUGUGCAACUCUGCCUGCCACUUUACGAUGUGCAGAACUAAGGCAGAUGGCCACAAAAUUGUCGUCAUCUUCGGCUUUCACUAUUAUGAGGAGACCGAAGAUAUUCCGGACCUGACAAACGGACCUUUUCAGAGUGCUACAACCGGGAAAAUAUCAAUUGAAGACGUUCUUGCGAUUCAAGAACAACCUCUGCAUUUGCUUUAUAACACGAUAUUGGAUGCUUUACUUGAAUUUGGGAUGAUUUGCUUUCGAGCAGAAUGGGAUCCCAGAGCCAACGAGCUGACGGCCGAAAAACUAUUGGAAAGACGUCAAAGACUCAGAACUGAGCAUCUAGCUUUGGCAGCCACACGGAGGAGUUUAGGAAUGUUCUCUGACAAGAGUCGCAUCAAUCAUGGGGCAUCGGAUGCUAAAUGGCGAACACUGACAGAUAACCUUACAGCUCUCCUCGAAACUUCUGAUAAAAUCAACACAGAGCUCAAAGACCAUCUCCAGUCUACGCAUAGUAUCGACGCUAUCGAAGAGGCACGAAGAGGCCUGCGACAGAACGAGACUCUUAAAAGAUUGACUAUAGUCGCAUUCAUCUUCAUUCCAGUCAACCUUUCAUGUGCCUUUUUCAGCAUGAACGUCAAGCAGCUCAACAACUCGAGUAUGGACAUAGGUUACUUUUUCUUGGGCAUACUCGUCUCUGGAUUUCUAGCUUGGGCACUUGCAGCAGCCAUUUCUUCCACCUUCAGAGCUUUAGCACGCGCUCGGGCCGAGAUUUCGAAGGAUGGACGGAAGCCGGUGUCUCCAAAUGGCGGACGUAGCGAGCCACUUGAGAAGAACAGAGUCGCCGAUGAGGUACCUGUCUCAUGGGUUAUCUAAGAAUGGUUGCUGAAACACUCUAAACAUUUUCUGGCUUGUGCUAAGCUUUGGGCGUAAGUGAAGCUGGAACUGAGCGAGGAGAAUGGAAAUGACGAUUACCGCUGGGAACUGAAGAGCAGUGGGCCGAUUCCAAAAUGGAAGGCAUUUGUCAAAAUAUGUCAUCAUGUUCGUACGAAAGUACAUGCUAUGGCAAGGGCAAGAAAUUCUGCCUCGGUAACUGAGCCGGCAACUGGGGGCACUGCUGAACCAUGAUACGGUGCUAUAUUGCAGUAAAACACGUAUUAGACCUG